CGCUGGGAGAUCGCAGCCCGCACACCCACUGCCGGCCGAGAAGGGGGCCAGCGCUGGCCUCGCUGGGGCUGCCACCCAGGGAUCGCCCUCUUUGAACCAGUGGGACCCCUCUACCCCCACCCCUUUCACUCUCUUCUUAAAGGGGUCAGACCGCUUUUCCUUGGGUUUCAUGGAAACCAGACUUGGGACGUUGUGUGGGGACUUUGAGUCUUUCCUUCCUGUUUCCUCUGCGAGAGGCAGCCUUCCUUCCUGGGGCUGACUGAAGAGCCUCCCAGGCAUGGCACUGCCCAGUGUCCCCCGUGCUGACCUGGCUCUGGGACUCUUUCAGCCUCCGCUGGCGUCCUGCAUCCCGACUCCCGGGGCAUGGUGGUGAGUCUGGAGGCCCAGCCCUGAGGGUGCCUGGAGAGUGUCAGGUACCCCCACGCCCCUGCACCCAAGCUGGAGGACGGGGAGGUUGUGGCGUGCGAGGAUGAGAUGAGCGGGGGCCGCUUCGACUUUGACGAUGGCGGGGCGUACUGUGGGGGCUGGGAGGGGGGAAAGGCCCACGGGCAUGGACUGUGCACUGGCCCCAAGGGCCAGGGCGAAUACUCAGGCUCCUGGAACUUUGGCUUCGAAGUGGCCGGCGUCUACACCUGGCCCAGCGGAAAUACCUUCGAGGGAUACUGGAGCCAGGGCAAAAGGCACGGGCUGGGCAUAGAGACCAAGGGGCGCUGGCUCUACAAGGGUGAGUGGACGCAUGGCUUCAAGGGGCGCUAUGGAACCCGGCAGAGCACCAGCAGCGGUGCCAAGUACGAGGGCACUUGGAACAACGGCCUGCAGGAUGGCUAUGGCACUGAGACCUAUGCAGACGGAGGGACUUACCAAGGCCAGUUCACCAAUGGCAUGCGCCAUGGCUACGGGGUUCGUCAGAGUGUGCCCUACGGGAUGGCCGUGGUGGUGCGCUCACCGCUGCGCACGUCGCUGUCAUCUCUGCGCAGCGAGCACAGCAAUGGCACGGUGGCCCCGGACUCGCCCACCUCACCUGCCUCCGACGGCCCGACGCUGCCCUCGCCGGCCAUCCCGCGCGGUGGCUUCGCGCUCAGCCUGCUGGCCAGCGGCGAGGGGGCGCGCGCACCCCGGGGUGGCCUCUUCCAGCGGGGCGCCCUGCUGGGCAAGCUGCGGCGCACAGAGUCACGCACGUCCCUGGGCAGCCAGCGCAGCCGCGUCAGCUUCCUCAAGAGCGACCUGAGCUCGGGUGCCAGCGACGCGGCCUCCACCGCCAGUCUGGGCGAGGGCGCCGAGGGCGCCGACGACGCCGCGCCUUUUGAGGCGGACAUCGACGCCACCACCACAGAGACCUACAUGGGCGAGUGGAAGAAUGACAAACGCUCGGGCUUUGGCGUGAGCGAGCGCUCCAGCGGCCUGCGCUACGAGGGCGAGUGGCUGGACAACCUGCGCCACGGCUACGGCUGCACCACGCUGCCCGACGGCCACCGCGAGGAAGGCAAGUACCGCCACAACGUGCUGGUCAAGGGCACCAAGCGCCGCGUGCUGCCGCUCAAGAGCAACAAGGUCCGCCAGAAGGUGGAGCACAGCGUGGAGGGCGCCCAGCGCGCCGCCGCCAUCGCGCGGCAGAAGGCAGAGAUCGCCGCCUCCAGGACAAGCCACGCCAAGGCCAAAGCUGAGGCGGCAGAACAGGCUGCCCUGGCUGCCAACCAGGAGUCCAGCAUCGCCCGCACGCUGGCCAGGGAGCUGGCUCCGGACUUCUACCAGCCAGGUCCGGAGUAUCAGAAGCGCCGGCUGCUGCAGGAGAUCCUGGAGAACUCGGAGAGCCUGCUGGAGCCCCCCGAGCGGGGCGCGGGCGCGGCGGGCGUCCCGGAGCCGCCCCGCGAGAGCCCGCAGCUGCACGAGCGCGAGACCCCGCGGCCCGAAGGGGGCCCGCCGUCGCCGGCCGGGACGCCCCCGCAGCCCAAGCGGCCCCGGCCCGGGACGGCCAAGGACGGCCUGCUGGGCCCGGGCGCCUGGAACGGCGAGCCGGCUGGCGAGGGCAGCCGGCCGGUCACGCCGUCCGAGGGCGCGGGCCGCCGCAGCCCCGCGCGCCCGGCCACCGAACACAUGGCCAUCGAGGCGCUGCAGGCGCCGCCCGCGCCGUCGCGGGAGCCCGAGGUGGCGCUGUACCGCGGCUACCACAGCUACGCCGUGCGCACCGGGCCGCCCGCGCCUCCGCCCUGCGAGGACGAGCCGGAGCCCGAAGCCUCGGGGACCGACUCCGCGCCAGCGUCCCCGGCCACCGCCCCCGCGCAGGCCCCAGCGCUCCGAGUCUCCGAGCCCGCGCCCGAGGCCCCCUCCAAGAUGGAGCCCAAGCCCAUCGUCCCCAAAGCCGAGCCCAAGGCCAAGGCCCGCAAGACCGAGGCCCGAGGGCUGACCAAGGCGGGGGCCAAGAAGAAGGCUCGGAAGGAGGCGGCGCUGGCGGCAGAGGCGGAGGUGGAGGUAGAAGAGGUCCCCAACACUGUUCUCAUCUGCAUGGUGAUCCUGCUUAACAUCGGUCUGGCCAUCCUCUUCGUUCACCUCCUGACCUGACCUUCGCCCACCAGAGCCAGGAGUUCCGCGGAGGACACCAGGAGCCAGCUUUUGGCAGCGCCAGGCAGGUGGCUGAGGACUAGACUCUGGUCCUGGAGCCUCUGGCCCAGCUCACAUCCACACAGACGUUGAAGGAGGCCUCCCGGGGGCCCGUGCUGGGGGUCGGGGGCCAGAGGAGUCGAAUGUCUGGGACCCCCCCAGGAAUGCUCUGCUCAGGGGCAAGGGAGGCCCUAGGCGACAGCCCUGGUCUCCUGACCUUCCCCAUCUGCUCCUGUCUCCUGUCCUCACCCACUCCCUCUCCUUGCCCCUCAUCACCCAAUCCCUGAGCUUUCGUGUGUUUUGGGAGAAGUCACCUAAGCAGGAUAUUGAAGUUAAAUCUCUCCCUCUUCCUCCUACGCCACUCCUGUUUUUUAUCUUAGUCUCCUGGCUGAUGGUCUGAGGUUGCCCGGGAAGCUGAGGGGAUCCUGAAGUCCCCUGGACCAUGUCGUGCCCAGCACACAGCUGGCCUGGGGUUACAGAUGCUCUGGAUGAUGGCGGAGGAAAUGGACAAGUUCGAUUGAAUAUCCCAGCAUGCAGUGCUCCACCGUCUCCCGCCAAUCCAGUCAGCCUCCCUCCUGACCCAGUAGAGCAGGGGAGACCUGAGGAACGGGAGCCUCUGCCUGGGAGGCCACUGACCAGGGGUGGGGGGCGGGGUGGGAGGAAGGGUAAGGGGCAGUUGUGGUGGCCUCUGUUUGUGGGCGUGUCUGAGGCUGGGGUUGCAUUUAGAGCUGCUGGUUUCCUCGGGUCACUGUACAGAAGUUCUGGUAUGUAUGGUGCCCUAUGAAUUGGUUUGUCCCCUUCCCCCACCAGGGCCACUGCGGGCUCAGGGUAGCAUGGCAUGGAAGGGAGGCAGACUUCCCUGGGCAGACUCUCAGGUAGAAGCUGAGAGAGCAGCUGGGUGCAGUCUGCACCAGAAAACCCCUCCGUGCACUUGGCAGAAGACGACACUCGCAUGCACCUCACUCAAAGAUGUCUGCACCACGCUGCGCCCGGCCCUCAGGCUUGCUGUGGGUGGCCUGGGACUGAGGGCUGUGGUUCUCAUCUCCAGGAGGACAGAGGGCAAGAGCUCCCAGACCCCUCCAAGCCCUUCCUGGGGAAGGAUGUGGCCACAGCGUCCCAGCGGAGCCGGAGGUGCUGCUGCUAUUCUGCACUUGUUUCUCUGGACCUUGGGACUUGCGCACAGUGCCAGGCUCCCCCAGGGCAGGGCAGGACCUGGACAUAUGGGGUCAGCUUUCCCUUCCCCCUCCUCAGUCCCUGGGAACCUUCCCCUCCAGCUUCACACUUGCCGUUUCCAGCCCUGCCAGAGCCUCUGGCAUGGCCGGAAUCCUGAACUGAGCUUCUGCAGAGAGGAGCCUGCAGGUGCUCCCGUCCCAGCCAGCUGUGGGCACCGCUCUGCGUCUGUGUCUGGGCUUUUCUCGACUCCUAGGGGUGAGGGGGUGGGGUAAGGCUGCUCAGGGCUGCCAGGCUCCAGGCCUCAACUCUGAGAUUCCUGUUCUGGGUUUUGGGGUCUGGGCUGUGCUGGGACAAGCCUGUGGCUGCCAGAGCCGCAGGGCCUGGUUGGAAGUGGUGUUGGGGUGUGGGCUCAGGUGCUACAGGCUGUGCAGUAAUAAACUUGCGUCUGCUCACA